GAGCCAGGGUGCUAUCCGUAUGGAAAUUAGACUGUUUUGAGGAACAUAUAUGCGCUAUUUAGAAAAUACUAAAGUUAAGUUGAAGUGCCUUUUUUGUUUAACUCGGCAAAAGACAGCAGCAGCCACCACCAAGUGAGGAAAGUCUUGUGCGCGGGUGGGGCAUAGCUGAGGCGGAAGCACAGACCUCUGGGACACACCUCUUUUGGCUGUCACAAUCGCUGCUCGACAGGAAGGAGAAAGUGUUACUGGAAGGCGAAUUUUGCUAAAACAAUCCCAGUCCGUCACAGGGUUCCGGAAGGAGCAGGGAAGCGGUACGGACAUUUGGACAGUCAAUCUUUUCUACAGUGAAAAGGUGGAAGCUCGAUCGGAGACACCAGGCCCGGUUUAUUUUGGCGGGAAGCCAGAUCGGAGCGAGAGGAGCCGGCGAAGCUGAUCGACUACCCGGAGUCGCGACUUCAGGAACCCAUCAUUCCUUGUGCUUACAUCUUAAUCUGCCUUUGUACCAGUGCUAGAAGUCAGGGGAGUGAUUUGUUACUAUGUCUAAUCCCCUUAAGCAAGUCUUCAACAAGGACAGAACCUUCCGCCCCAAACGAAAGUUUGAACCAGGUACUCAACGUUUUGAACUGCAUAAGAAGGCUCAGGCAUCCCUAAAUGCUGGACUUGAUCUGAAGUUGGCUGUUCAGCUCCCACACGGGGAGGACCUAAAUGACUGGGUAGCCGUGAACGCUGUGGAUUUCUUUAACCGCAUCAACUUAAUAUAUGGUACCAUCAGUGACAGCUGCACUGAGCAGUCUUGCCCUGUUAUGUCUGGUGGUCCAAAAUAUGAAUACCGUUGGCAAGAUGAUAACCGCUAUCGAAAGCCCACUGCUCUUUCUGCUCCAAAGUACAUGAAUUUACUUAUGGACUGGAUAGAAGUUCAGAUAAACAACGAGGGAAUAUUUCCUACAAAUGUUGGUACUCCAUUUCCAAAGAAUUUUUUUCAGGUCGUGAAAAAAAUCCUUUCCAGGCUUUUUCGGGUAUUUGUACAUGUGUAUAUACAUCACUUUGAGAGGAUCAUCCAUGUGGGAGCAGAAGCUCAUGUCAACACUUGCUACAAACACUUUUAUUACUUUGUAACCGAAUUUAAUUUGAUAGACAACAAGGAACUUGAACCACUGAAGGAAAUGACUUUACGGAUGUGCCACUGACAAAGGACUUAUUCUUGGUUUUAUGUUUCCAUAUCCUGCUGAUGCCUGUGGAGCCUGUCACAUUACUGAUGUAUAUGUACUUCUCUGCCAGCAGAGAGGUCACCCAGGAGUAUGGACUCGUUCCCUUUUGAUAAUACAUAGAUUUCUGAAUGUGAUUUAUUUUUUAAAUCUAUUUUUUAAAUAGCUGGCAUUUCAUACAAUCUGUCAUAUUUCAGGACAACUCUUUUCUAUUGGCUAUAUGUCAAUUUCUAUGCAUAGAUCUAUGUUUGUAGCAUUUCAUGCUAAGUUGUGUUGUACAGGGGGUAUCACAGUGAGGUUCCUAACACAUUCCUGAUCCUUUACUUUUAUUCCACUGUGUUGUGUGUCACAACAUUGUCACUGAUUUAGAUAUCAAGAAAGCAUCUGGUCCUUUGAAGACCAAACAUUUCUCUUGCGCUGCAAGUUUAUUGUCUCUAGGAACCAGGCAUAUGAAAUAUAUGCAUAUGCUGCUAUUUGUUCAUUAUUCGUGCCUUAUAUAUUUCCAAGGAGAGAAUACUUUUGUAUAUAAUGCACUGAAUACACAUGCAAAAUGUUUGAUUUCAUUUUGCACCAUAUCUGCAUAACAGGCUAAACUGAUCGAUAACAGCAUUGCCUUACACAAUAUUAGUGGACUGUUCCCAGCUGUAGUUUAGAGUAAA